AUGUCACGCUCUUCUUCGGAUGAGGAAGAACAAGACGAAAAUGUAGAAUUGACUGAUGACGACGUCGAAAUGGACGAUGUAAAGGACGGAAAUGAUAAUGAAGACGAUCAAAAACCAGCCACGGAAGAUGAUAAUGACAACGAUCAAGCUGAUGUAGCUUCAACAACAGAUGAAUCAACCACAGAUCAAACAACCACAGACAAUGCUUCAACAGACGAAUCUUCUGACGAUGAGGAAGACGAGGAUCUCGUUGUAGAAGAAUACGAUAUAGUAAUCACCGAUAACGUCUUCCAACGCCUCGCAUGUCUCCAAUACUCUACUCGUCACAAAAGCUUUACAAAGGCUCCCGUCAAGGCAAUGAUUCGCCCAAGAGCUGAUAUGGUGUCCAUGGAAGUCCCUCUCGAAACCAAGGAAGCUCACUAUGAAGGUGAUAUGGCUUUCACGCUAGGUGAGGGCUACGCAAAGGAUGAAUUGCAAACUGUCAAAAAGAAGGCCAAGAAGGGUAAAGCAGAUGAUGUACACUCUUCUAAAAAGAUCCGUACCGUAAAAAUGGAGAGUGUGUCAUUGCCUAUGCCUCAAAACAAUUAUUUGGUGUCUAUACCUUACAAUGGCAAACUCUACUUAUCACCACUUGACUCUGUGUUGCAGAUGCGACUCAAUCUCAAGUAUGUCGAGUACGCACAUGAAAAGGACCUCAAGGCUGCCGACAAACCAAAAAAGACUGGAGACGAAGAUGAUGCCAAUACCGGAAGGAUUAUUCAGCAAACAUCUGGAAGAACUGAAGACAAGGAGACUUUACGAAGGUUUCAACAAUUGAAACUUUUACAAGAAGAUGAAGAUGAAUCAUGGUUGGACUGUCACAUGAACAACUGGACUGACCGUCGAGUCAAUGAACGACUAAAACGAAUCAUUCGAGAAAAUGAAGCAGAUGUCAUACCUCAAAUGGAUUAUGAUACGUAUUUGAAGAAUCUACAUGGCUAUGCAAAUGAGGGUGUCACUUUCAUACAAGACGAUAAAGAGGCUGUCAAAGUAUCUGCAGCUCUAUCUCAAGCUGAUAUGCGUCUGAUGACUCCAGAACACCAACUCAGAGCCUUUAUGGUCAAUGCGCAAAUUGCCCGAUUCAAGAUCAUUGCGUCUACCAUGAAAGGAAGUGAAGUACCCGAAGUCAAACUGGUCGAGAUGCUUCAAAAGAUUGCUUAUCUCAUCCGUGGUAUUUGGAUUGUUAAGAGCGACUUAAUAUACCGAGGUCGUAUGAAAGAUGGACGUACAUACCUCCUUGGCAUGCUCAUACAAAACGAAUACGUCAAACGGGAGCAGUUUACAACUCGAUCUCGUUUGCCCAGCGAAAUCGCCGUUGCUAUAUUGUCAGAACUCUGUGUUAGGGAAAAGGGACUAGGCUGGAUUCUGAAGGAAAAGACUGAUCCAGUCUUUGACCAUAAAUAUGCCGAGGUUGUUGAACGACAGCGAACUCAGCUCAGAAAGGAUGCACAACUUGCAGAAGAACGUCUCAUUGCAGAAAAGGCCACACGAGCAGCAGCCGCAGGCUCUUCAAGCAAAGUUGGCCCAUCAGGAUCUUUAUCAAAAGAUGUCUUGAAAGGAAUCAUGUCAGAAUCAGACAUGACGGCCUAUGUCGUUGCUAUAUUUGGACAACAUUCAAUCGUCUCUUUGGACUACCUCAAGGCUCGUGUCCUGAAGUAUUUGACAGAGAUCAAAAAUGUCACCAAUACAUCACCCAUACAAGCUGCUGCCUUUGACUUGCUCAAACAAGUCAUGGACACAAUAUGUACUCCAGCUCGACAAAACUUUGCAUUGAAGAAUAUUGGAGAUGAAAGGAUUGACAAGUUCCGAUUACCAAUAUUGGGCAUGUUUGCCAGAAGCGAAAAGCUCGCCAAGAGAGAUGUCGUAAAUGCCAUGAAAGACAUGUUCCCAAAUGACGGGCUUCCUGUCAACACGUAUAACAGAAUUAUGAAGGAAAUUGGAAUGACGAUUGGUACCAAUUGGUCGUUGAAGCCUUCGCCAAGCAUUUAA